AUGAUAUCGACAGUGCUCUUUGGCGCGCUAGCAGGCCUGACUGCAGCUCAAUCUCCCGGACAAUCUUACACCGGAGUAGCUGGAAAUAGCACUAUCGCGGGGUCUUCCCUCGGUCCCGACGCCAAUGGCAAAUAUGAGCUCUCUGCUCCGGGUAUCCGUGCAAACUUCAUUGCCUAUGGUGCAUCCAUCUCCAAUCUCUUCAUCAACGAUACCUCGGGUAUCGAACGUGAUAUCGUCGGAGGUUUCGAUAAUGCGAGCUAUUAUGGAGUAGAUAGACAACAUCCUCAUUUUGGUGGUGUACCGGGAAGAUACGCAAAUCGUAUCAAGAACUCGAGUUUUGUUAUUGAUGGAGAGACAUAUAAUGUGUUGCCGAAUGAAAAUCCGACAGCGGAUAACCCGGCGGGAGUUGAUACGCUGCAUGGUGGUCCAGAUGGUUGGGAUUGGAGAAAUUGGACUGUGGUUGCUCAUACCACGAGUUCCAUUACUUUUAGUUUGACGGAUCCAGAUGGAGAACAAGGAUUUCCAGGAGAGGUUGUUAGUUAUGUCACGUACACUUUGACUAAUAUGACCUGGUCAUUCAAGAUGAUUGCUAUUGCUACCACCAAGAAGACUCCUAUUAUGUUGAGUUCGCACACAUACUGGAACCUCGAUGGCUUCGCCAACAACGAGACAGCUACUGCUCUCAACCACUCUCUAUAUCUACCAUACGGUGGACAACGUAUUGGUACAGACAGUAUCCUCAUCCCAACUGGAGACAUCAUCGCAAAUCAACCCCAAUCACUCAACGAUUUCUGGAGCACUCCAAAACAAAUCGGAGCCAACUUUUCCAACCCAGAUUUACUAGGUAACUGUGGCGCAAACUGUACCGGCUAUGACACAGCCUAUAUUACCAACCGUGAUCCACCCACUCGUUCUGCAUGGCACACAUCCCCCGUUGCACGUCUCCGUUCCGCUUGGUCCGGUAUCCAAGUCGAUGUCUACAGCGACCAAGACGCUUUCCAAGUAUAUUCCUGCGGAGGACAAAACGGAUCCAUGGCUCUUAAAGAAACUCAAGGACUUUUCAAUGUCUCAGAUAGGCCACGUACAAUCCAGCAAUAUGGAUGUGUAGUCAUGGAAGUCGAGGACUGGAUUGAUGGAAUCAAUCAACCUGAAUGGGGUAGAAAACAAAUCUGGGGUCCGGAAGAUGGCCCAUAUGUUUUGGAGGCGAAGUACAAGUUUAGUUUGAACAGCACAGAUGUAGGAUUGUUGGGUGAGGGAUCGGGUUAA